ACAAAUCUACACCCAUACACGUAUGCUUGUUCUUCCCCUACCCAUCUCUCUCCCACUGUUUGAAAAGAGAUCAAAGGUCCCCCACUACCCUACCCAACCCCCCCCCAGAUCUAACACUCUCACACCCAAAACCAUUUCAUGCUUCAAAAGACAAGUGGAGCAAAAUUUUGCAUGUAGGAGACGAGCUUAAGGCCGGCAUCACAACAAUGAAGAUAACCGUGGAAAGAGCCAGUGUCCAAGAAGCUCAGCACCCAAGACCAACGCUAUCCCCUCUACCACCAUCAGAUCUUUCUUAUAAGCCCACUUUUCCAGGAAAGCCGCCUCGCCGGAAACCCAAGACGUCCACCGCCGGAGUCCGGGUUAAGAGGGAAUCUACCAAACGGAGCAGCCGGCCCGAGACCCCUUUACUUAGAUGGAAGUUUGAUGAAUCCAAUGACAAGAUUAAUUCAGUGGAGGACGAGAUGGAGAAACCAUCCAGUGAAGUUGGCCGAAAGAGUGGACGGAGAGUUAGGCCAGUGGUUUCUGCCAGGAAGCUGGGCGCCGGACUCUGGCGGCUGCAUUUGCCGGAGUUUCAGACUGGUGGUGGCGGAAGGUUAGGGCUUCAGUCUGGAGAUGCACGAUUUGGGGCCGCAAUACACGGUCAACAAGUCGACAGAAUACAUAGUUCUCCUGCAAAUGAUAUGGUACAUAGUCCACAUUCUGUGUCUGGUUCUAACGGGCUUCUGCACAAGUUUGAUCCGUCGUUUCAAUUUCCCAACUCUGCAAUGGAGGGUGCAACAAAGUGGGAUCCUGUUGUUGAGAAAACAUCAGAUGAAUUGAAGCAAAUAUUUGGCCAGAAAAAGCUCCCUAACCGACGAGCGCGUGAAGCUCCAGUGAUAUCUGCCCUUGAGACACAGCUUGAGCAGGCUAGGGCCAGAAUUAACGAACUUGAAACUGAGCGCAGAUCUUCGAAAAAGAAACUCGAGCAAUUCUUGCAAAAACUCAGUGAUGAAAGGGCAGCAUGGAGGAGCAGAGAACACGAAAAAAUUCGUGCAGUUAUAGAUGAUAUGAAAGUUGAGUUGUGCAGAGAGAAGAAAAGCCGUCAAAGGCUGGAGUUAGUCAAUUCUAAGCUGGUCAAUGAAUUGGCUGAUGCCAAGUUAUCAGCCAAACGAUAUCUUCAGGAAUAUGAAAAGGAAAGGAAGGCCAGAGAACUGGUGGAGGAGGUCUGUGAUGAACUAGCUAAAGAAAUUGGAGAAGACAAAGCUGAAGUGGAAACUCUAAAACGAGAAUCAAUGAAACUGUGGGAGGAAGUGGAAGAAGAGAGGAAGAUGUUGCAGAUGGCUGAGGUUUGGCGUGAAGAACGAGUCCAGAUGAAGUUAAUUGAUGCAAAGGUGAUGCUUGAAGAAAAGUACUCCCAGAUGAACAGGAUAAUAGCAGAUCUCGAGGCUUUUCUGAGUUCCAAAAGCCGAACAUCAGAUUUGGAGGAGAUGAAGAAAGCAGAGUUUCUCAGGGAAGUGGCAACCUCUGUUAACAUACAAGAUAUCAGGGAAUUAACGUAUGAGCCACCAAAUCCAGAUGAUAUAUUUUCCAUCUUUGAAGACAUUAAUGUUGGUGAGUCCAAUGAGAGGGAGGUCGACUCCAAACUCUAUCAUACUGUGACUCCUGAAGUAAAUCGGCUCAACAAAGACAGUUCUGACAGGCAUCUUGACAUACAUAUGAAUCAGAAUCAUGAACUCGAAGAGGAUGCUAGCGAGUGGGAAACUGUGAGCCAUCCUGAGGAUCAAGGCUCAAUUUAUUCACCGGAUGGAAGUGAUCCUUCUGUCAACAAGAGUUUCAGGGUCAGCAAUGUUUCAAGAAAUGGAGGGGAUGAGACGCCGACUACGGAAAUUAGUGAAGCUGGUUCAGCACAACCGCGGCAGUCAAAGAAGGCGUCAUCCAUAUCUAGGUUCUGGAGAUCAUGCCCAAGCAACGGUGAUAAUUACAGGAUCAUAUCAGUCGAGGGGAUAACUCGGAGGAUUUCAAAUGGAAGACUUUCUAACGGGGCUAUAACAUCCACCGACUGUGAUUCAGGAAAAGGUGGGAUUAGUCCUCAUGAUUUGGCUGGACAGUGGAGCUCACCUGAUUCAGGGAAUCCACAUAUAAACCGAGGGAUGAAAGGAUGCAUCGAAUGGCCACGUAGUGCACAGAAGAGUAGUUUGAAGGCCAGACUUUUGGAAGCGAGGAUGGAGAGUCAAAAGAUCCAGUUACGCCAGGUUUUGAAGCAAAAAAUUUAGGUCCAGACAUAAGAGUGGAUGACAAACCUGGUUUCUUCUCAAUCGUAAGCUGCUCAUAUUUUGUCCACUGAAUCUACUCGGGUUCCAUUAUAAAUGCAACGGAGAGUAUGUGGUAUUCGGCUCUUUGGUUUUCUCACUUUCUUUAUAUAUGCCUUAGUAUCAGUGCUGAGAAAGCUAUGGCUUAUUUAUGGUUCAGACAGAUCAGCAUCGGCAACCAUAUAAGCAGAUGAUGUUAUUAUAAGUCUAACAUGUAAUGAUUUAGUUUUAUCCAGGAAACAGCCGGUUUAUUGUACAGGCACAAACAUUAAAAUUGGGUUGUACCAGUAGUCGGCUCAGAGAGGCACUUCAAUCACCAUUGUUAUGCAAUUGAUCAUUCGUAGAGAAUGUGCUAUGCUAUAAUAUCUGUAUCUCAUCCUUACGUUGAUUCAUGUAAAGCAUUGAUCAGAUUUACCCA